AAAAGAUAUAUGUCUAUGGAUAGGAAUAAUACAGCACAGCUGCAGUUAUUUGAGUUCUGGCAUUCGCAAAGUUCAUCCAAGAGUUACAUAACAAAAGUUCAUUUGAGCAGAGCCAGCCAGCCUGGGAAGAGAGAUUUACUCUCUGACUGGAGACAAGAGGAACAAUCAGCUCUCUGUCCUUAUUCUCUGCACAUUCAAGGCUCAGUCAUGGCUGAGGAAGCAAAGCAGACCUGCUAUGAAGGCAGCUCGGUCCAAAGCUUCCAGUUCUACCUCGAACAUUCAGGAGAGCACGAGGCCAUUCUGAAGUGUGCUCACAACCUCUUGCCUGGAGAGUUUCAAAGAAUUGCAGCAGGUAAAAGCAGCCUGGAUGUUCUUGGUGUUGGAAGUGGUGGAGGGGAGGUGGAUGCCCAGAUGCUCACUCUUCUUCAGUCUACCUUGCCGGCUGUUCCUGUCACUGCUGACAUUGUGGAGGGCAGUGCUGCUCUCACAGACAACUUCAAAGCUUUGGUAGCAAAGACGGCCACUCUUCAGAAGAUCCAGUUUGUUUGGCAUGUCAUGGGCAGUGAGGACUAUGAAAAGCAAGUCAGAGCAAAAGGAGACAUGAAGAAAUUUGACUUCAUACACAUGAUUCAGAUGAUCUACUAUGUUGAUAACCUUUCCAGUACAAUCAAGUUCUACCAAAGCCUUCUGAAAAACAAUGGCAAGCUUAUGAUCAUUGUUGAAGCAGCUGAUGGUGGCUGGGACAAACUGUGGAAGACGUUCAAGAAAGAGCUCUGCACGGGUGCCAUCACAGAAUAUCGCUCAUCAGCAGAGGUUAUAGCUUGUGUGAAGAGCCUGGGUCUGAAAUAUGAGGAGCAUGUCAUUUCCAACACCUUUGACAUCACUGAGUGCUUCAAUCCAAGCAGCACGAAUGGAGGACGUCUUCUAAAUUUCAUGACAGCACAAGAUCACUUCUACCAGUCCUUUACCCCAGAGAUCCGGGCAGGCAUGUUAGACCUUCUCAGAAACAAGUGCAGCACUGAAAAGGAUGGCAGGGUGUUCUUCAACAGCAAUCUGAGCUGCAUACUCAUUCAUGCUUAAGCAUGACCUCUGAUAGAAAGAUGCUUAAACUUUCUGAUUUCACUUAUUGCAUUAGCUUUUCCUAACCAUUUGAAAAAGGAAACGUAUAUUUGCAUAUGUGUAAGUUAGUAGUUGUCUCUCUUAAUGUACUUAUACUGCCUAAAUGCCUAAAUAAUGCCUAAAUCUCUGCUGGUGUAUCAAAAAUGAUUAGUAAAACAGUUUAAAAAAAUGCUUUUUCAAGACUAAAAUCAUUGCCAAAUACAUUGUUUGUCUUAAAUUACUUAAAAUGUAAUGAGCAAACCUUUACUGCCUGAAACCCAAUACUAGUUGGCUCUAGAAUUGAUUUCAUGGAUAUAUUUCUAACAUUGGUGGAAGUUUAUAGUCAUUGUGUCUGUCUAUAUAAAAGUUGACUUCAUAUAUAUUUAAAGCUAACUUAUUUGUUUGAGUUGUCCAGUGGAUUGGCUCUCUAUAACAGCAGGCUCUUCUGGAGCCCCUGCAGCUGUCACUUGCUGAUGGAUAGCUAUUGUCAGAGUUAGCUUCCAUCACUUUCUCUAGAGAUGAAUACAUAAUUCCACUUGAAAUAGGUGGUUGCUAUACUAACAGCUGUACAGUAUGUCAUGACAUCGGUGUUUACACGGACGAUCAUCAUUCAGGACUCAUGAUUCAAGAUGUUUAUUGUCACUCUAGGUCUAUAAGUACAAUUGUGUGAAAUUAUUAUGCUAGGAGGCUCCUUUUACAAAGAGCAGGUAUUAAAUAUAAAGACAUAAAAUGUGCCACCCCAAAAAUGUUUUGGAAUAUUGGGGUAUGAGUAGCUCAGUAUAGAGUUGAUGGUUCAAUGUCCAGGUGGCUGAGGCCAUACAGUAAAGGUCUGUAAAGGCUGAAUCAUCACCAGAUUGUAGGAUUUGGAUACAAAUAAAUUACUUCAUUUGA